AUGUCAUCUCCGAGCGGAGCGGCCUCUUACAAGAAGAAAGAUGGGACCCUAGCUAUAUCUGCAGAUGAGGAGUCAGUCUUGUGGAGUCCUGCAAUUGCAGGGACUGCGAACCCGAUCACAAUCCCCGUGAUCAACAUCACUAAUCUACAGCAGACCCCAGCCUCGAAUCCGAAAGUGAUGCUCAAAAUUUUUGCUCAAGCUUCCGAUGCGCCUCCGAAUAGUAUGCCCGAUCAAUAUGUCUUCCUGUUCACGGCUGGAGCAAACGCCCGCUCGCAGGCCGAUGCCAUCAAAGACACAUUGAGUGUUCGAGUCAAUACCGCGAAGGCGGGCACACCAUCCCAGACGCCGGGGCCUAGAGGCAGUUCCGAGGGUCUGUCAGCGGCAAUGGCGAUUGCAAACGCUGUGACAUCUGCGGCGACAUCGAAGAACCCUUUGGGCGACGAGAAUAAGCUUCGGUCCGACAUAGAGCUGCAGCAGUCGUUAUUGAGGUCUGAUUCAAAUCUGCAGCGAAUGUUUUUCGAAGGAUUGCAUACAAAACCAGAAGCCUUGUCGUCCGCGUCGUUCGUAUCACAAUUCUGGUCAACACGACUGCAUUUACUGCGAGCGCACGCAAUCGAACAGGGCCAAACCCGUGGUUCAUAUAAUGUGCUAUCUUCACUCAAGCCUCGGGUCGAGGAUAACGUGACACGAUUGAAUAUCAGUAAAGAGCAAAUCCAGCUGAUCUUCACACAACACGCACUGGUCAAACGCGUGUAUGACGAGAAUGUACCGAAGCUCAGCGAGCAACAAUUCUGGUCACGAUUUUUCCAGAGUCGACUAUUUAAAAAAUUGCGUGGAGAGCGCAUUACAGAGGCUGACGCAACCGAUGCCGUGCUCGACAAAUACCUCCAAACGAAUGAGGCCGCUCAGCCGGACCGGAACACAAGUGUUCAUCACUUUUUGGACUUGGCUGGCAAUGAAGUGAACCACAGCCAGCGUCGCGGAAACCGUCCUGACCUAGAUAUGAGGCCAUCUGGCGUCGAAAAAGUGCCCAUUAUUCGGACACUGAACAGCCUAAGCGAAAAGAUUAUGGCCAAUGUGGCUCCGGCCGACGGUGAUAUGAGUGCGCCCAUAGGCAUCAACGAAGAGGCAUGGAAAAAGCUCCAGCUGCAGGAUCUUCGCGGAGAAGAAGAGCAAAGUCGCAUCACUUUGAACAUUCGUGAUCAAAGCCAUUUCUUCACUCACAGUCAAGAAGAGGAAAAAACUAAGCAAUUUGCGAAACAAGAUCCGGAUAAACUUCUUCAUAUUCUCCGUGCGGACAUCAAUCAAAGUCUUCCAUCGCAGGGCAACACACAGCUGGGCAAGUUGGUGGACCCCGGCGACGAUGAAGACGAGGAGAUGGAGGAUGCACCUGCUAGCCGUCGACCCGUCGGAUCAUCUGCAGCUCUACACGAUGCAUUCUCUCAGAUCCUGGGAGCAUUGCGCGAUCGCCGCACCCAAACAAAUGAGCGAGCAGCGUCAGAAACAUAUGGACUGUCUAUGGCGCUCUUUGACCGCUUGACACUGACACACGCUACAACCACUGAGUUUUUGCACCAGUUCUGGCAGGCAUUUCUCUCGGGAAACCCAGACCGUGCUGGAGAGGUCGCAUCCUUAGCAGAGUCUCUUCAGCGAGCGGCUGAGCGCAUUAAAGCUGUUGCAAAUGACGCAGAGGCUGAGCGGAAAGUCGAAGUUGACCGAUUGAAGAAGCAGGCCCGUGACAUGUACGAGAGCACCGGGCGAAAAUUACGAGUCAACUUAGAAGGCGUGGAGGGAGGCCAGAAGGUUGUGAACCAGCUUCUCGGUCCCACACUCCUUGCACUGGAGGUCGCAUCGACUCGAUAUCAAAAAGAAUUGGCCAAACAAAAUAAAGAAGCGGCCCUGGCCAGCCAAGAGAUGGCAGGGGUAUAG